ACAUCUUGACGGUGAUCAUCCUCUCGCAGCUAGUGGCCAGGCGGCAGAAGUCCUCCUACAACUAUCUCUUGGCGCUGGCCGCGGCCGACAUCCUGGUCCUCUUCUUCAUCGUGUUUGUCGACUUCCUGUUGGAAGACUUCAUCCUGCACAUGCAGAUGCCUCAGGUCCCCGACAAGAUCAUCGAAGUCCUGGAGUUCACCUCCAUCCACACCUCCAUCUGGAUCACGGUUCCCUUGACCAUCGACAGGUACAUCGCCGUCUGCCACCCGCUCAAAUACCACACCGUCUCCUACCCGGCCCGCACCCGGAAGGUCAUUGUCAGCGUUUAUGUCACCUGCUUCCUGACCAGCAUCCCCUACUACUGGUGGCCCAACAUCUGGACCGAGGACUACAUCAGCACCUCCGUGCACCACGUCCUGGUGUGGGUACACUGCUUCACCGUGUACCUGGUGCCCUGCUCCAUCUUCUUCAUCUUGAACUCCAUCAUCGUGUACAAGCUCAGGAGGAAGAGUAACUUUCGCCUCCGUGGCUACUCCACUGGGAAGACCACCGCCAUCUUGUUCACCAUCACCUCCAUCUUCGCCACGCUCUGGGCACCCCGCAUCAUCGUGAUCCUCUACCACCUCUACGGGACGCCCAUCCAGAACCUCUGGCUGGUGCACAUCAUGUCCGACGUGGCCAACAUGCUGGCCCUCCUGAACACGGCCAUCAACUUCUUCCUUUACUGCUUCAUCAGCAAGCGGUUCCGAACCAUGGCGGCCGCCACGCUCAAGGCCUUCUUCAAGUGCCAGAAGCAGCCUGUGCAGUUCUACACCAACCAUAACUUUUCCAUAACAAGUAGUCCCUGGAUCUCGCCGGCCAACUCCCACUGUAUCAAGAUGCUGGUAUACCAGUACGACAAAAACGGAAAACCUAUAAAAGUCUCCCCUUGACACCCCCCUGGGUUGGCACAGAGUGCCUCUGUGUGAUCCAUUCCCCAUGGGAGGGCAUCCCAUCCUCUGGCUGAACAGGUCUCCUUAAGAGUGCUAACCUGAUUUCCUGUCUCCAUAGACUGAGGAACUCUCAGGGUGGCAGAUGAGAGAGAGACGGAAGAGAAGAAGAAAGGAAAGCAUGAAUCUCGUUUUUCUGUGUGCACUCAUUUCCACAAAAAUAAAAUCACGUCGACAGCAAAAGUUCCUACCCGUUUGGAGAUGCUGUUGGAAGUUGUGCCAUCAUCCUGUGACCAGUGAGGACCACAGUAGAGAAAUAGUCUGUGAUUUAGCACAGGGACCAUCCACCAUCACUGGGAACCACUCAUUUGUGUGACACCCCGAGCCAUGGUAGCACGUGGCCACGUCUAAGCUCUCCUUCCGAGAGCGGAGGUCAUCCAUCGCUCCCCUGGGCCAUGCCCAGAAGGCUACCCAUGCUGACUGAUUUGAGAGUUUUUUCCAAGGUGCCCUUUGUCCUAGAGAGGGUUGUGGUCUUGAAGAAGCCCUGGCACCCCGGCUGCAGAUGAUACCAUGGGGGACAGGGGAACAUUGAAUCCCUUCCGAACUUUGUCCAGAGCCCCCCGCGGGGAGGCUCCAAACCAAUGUAACUAUGCCCCUUAGACCUGGGGUCUAAGGUUCAGUUUUCUAUCUGCCAUAAUGUAUAGGUUUUAUCUGUUUCCUCCAAAACGAAGACCCUGCCUGGUGUGUGGGGAGGAAGGAGGAAAUUCUUGAGCCCAGAAAUACAAAAAAAAUGAGCCCACUCUUGCCAUUGUUCCAAUCCAUCCCUAUGUCGGCUGUGAAUGGUCCCUUUACUCCCAAUCGCUUCUUGUUGUGGUGCCACAUGGCUCCCUAGAGGGGCCUCCGCUUGUAGAGUCACCAGCCCUGCCCGCUUGCUCGCUGAACCCCUCACCAGGUUGUUUGAUUUGAUGAAGUUCCUAACUGAAUGUAAUAUUCCAGGGUCAGGAACGGUAGCUCCCCAGGUACGAAAGGAGCCAUCCUCAGGUCCCAUCCCCAGGCCACCGUGGCAGACACAGUUGAUGUGGACAGGUGCUGGCACUAGCUGCUUGUCUGUCCUUUAAAAACAUGUGGCUCAAAAGGGUGACACCUGUUCUCAGUAAAGCCAUUUAAUCCAGAUUCUUUGCAAAAUGAUGCAGUAUGGAUUUAUUUCUUUACUCUCCCCUUGCCUGUCCAAGGCAAGAACACUUCUAGAAUGCAACCAACAGAAGCUUCUCUGAGAAGGAUCACUGUGUGCACACACUUACUCGUGCGCACGUAUAUAUACUUGAUUCCACUAGACCCCUCUGUGCCCUGGGAUGUGUUUUAGGAGGGAAAUCUGAGCUGAAGUUCCUCUCAUUUUGCAUUUUUUAAACCUUCUCUCACAGAUCUCCAGUAUUUGAGUUCACCCCUAUUCUGGGAGAAAUCUUCCAAAAUGGUUUGGGAAUCACAUGAUAUUUUUGGUGACCAAACAAAAAGCAGUGAGUCCAUCUGGAACACUAGGAUCUUUAGGCUGGAUUUUUACUGCAUGUUGUCCCUAAAUUGGAAGACCGUCUCUUUUUAAGGGAGUCUGCAAAAAAAAAUGAGUGGUGUAGAGAGGCCCCAAACUUCAGCCAAGGCCCUCAAAACUAACUAAAUAUAAUUUGGGGUCCUAUCGGUCCCUAAUGAUUCUAUCUCCCGCUUGUUUUAAGUCAUAGCAGUGGAGUCUCACCAGGCCCUGGGGAUAGACUCUAAGGACAAAAACCCAGAACACCCAGUUACCUGGGCGAAGUCCUUGGGAAAGAGCCACAUUGGAGACCAUACGCCAUCCCUUUCCAAACCUAAGACAGCUAAGUUCUUCUCCAGCAUGGGAACAGGUUGCUGGUUCUUUGGUUGAAGACAAAACAGAGUUGGCUCGUGUUUAGGUCCCCUGUUGUUUGGUUCCAAUGUGUCUGAGAACUUUAGGACCCUCUGGUGCGGCAAGACAGUCCCACUCAUAGAGGUUUCAAGAAGACAAGCAGACUCCUCUCUCCCUUCUCACUCGCUCCCCGAGGCACAUCUCCUGGAAUGGAGAGGGGGUGAGCAGAGCCCCCCAUGUCCCUCCAGCUGCAUUUCUUUGCCAAGCAUGUGUAGUUGAAUACAUGUUCAUUAAAUGUGCAUACGAUGCAGCUCCACCGCACCCCCUUAUGAAUGAACAUUGACCAAAGGCUACCUAUAUUGAAUAUAUAUACAUAGAUAUAAAUAUUUAUUUAUUUAUUUAUUUAUUUUUAAAACAUAAAGCUCUAAAAAUAUGCCAGUUUGAGCUACAUGUGAAUGAGUCAAAGUGCAAUAUCUACAAAGAUGGAACGAUUCCUUUCCGAGGACGUAUGUAAGAUGGGAAAUACAUCUGUGAAUCUCCAUGCUCUCUGGUCCGUGUUUUUAAUUGUACCUAAAAAUUGAUCGUGGAUGUUUUAAAAACCGGGUGUGCGUUGAGAAGGCUUUCCUCAGACACUUAUUUAUGAGCUGUCUCGACAGUGGUGGUUCUGCCUAGUGGUUCUGGGAUCUCUUCUUUUGGACGAGAUUUUUCUAUUUUGCUAAGUAAUGUUUUCAAAGACCUGAUUCUCAAACGCACGCCGGUGAGUGGCUGUCUCCUGCUUAACAGGCCCAACGGGUUAGGUUGAUGCAGAACUCCUAGAAUGUAUUUCAGAUCCUCGAAGGGCUUUUCAUUUAUUAUGAUUUCUAGGAAUCAUUAUGGACAGUAAUGAAAAUGAUUUUUUUUUUUACUUUGAAAGUAUGGAAGCCUUUUCUUUCAUGCCGUUUUGGAAACGAAGCCUUGAGUCUUGAGGCUGUCAGGUAAACAGCUGUGGCUGGAGGCCCUGGAGCAGUCGCCUUGGCCUGGGAUUCUGUGGUGCCUCUUUCAAAGACUGUUGCUCGCAUCUCCCCAGCUGAAUGACCUGGGUCCUCGGUUGGACGCUGCUAUGAGGCUGCACACGUCCGUGCUGUGUCUUUUUUAGUGAAUGAUUCAAAGACAGAAAUGUCUCCUGGGAAAGGAAAUGAGGGUGACGACCGACAAAUCAUAAAAGACAGACCAUGGGAAGGCAUGAACUUUUACUCUGCAAAUUCCCUGCGGUCGGGAAAGACGGUUUUGCACAGUUGGUGCCUAUCAGUCCAACCCAGGGAGACUCUCCGAAGCAAGUAAGAGACUCUAAUGUUGGCUCUUCCAGCUCAAAGAAUGGAACAGAAGGUUUGCCAUAGAAAAAUAGUAAAUGUUCAUAUUUUCUUAAUUAGAUAAUAUAUUGUGUUUGGACUUGUUUGUAUUAUACUAAAUUCUAAUAUGGUGCGCGCACUUGGUAUUUGGCAUUUGCAUACAUGUUUGAGCAACUGCAGAAUGUUGAUUUUUAUUACUAUGAUUUUUAAUUGACAAAUCAUAAUUGUAUACAUAUAUGGGGUACGA